AUGGAGAUCCAUUUGCCUGCAGUGCCCCUGGCAGAAAUCUUCAGCUAUCUGGACGGCUUCAGCUUGCUCCAGGCUGCCCAAGUGAACAAGAGCUGGAAUGUGGUCGCAGACAGGGAGAGCCUGUGGAGGAGGCUGUGUCUGAGGAAAUGGUGCUUCGGUGACGUCACCCGGGAACACCUGUGCACACAGCUGUGGCAACAGCUGGGUGCGCAGACCUGGAAACAGUUCUUCCGCCGCCGAACAAGACAAGUGCUGGGGCCCCUGGAGGAGAUACUUAUACUGUUUCCUCUUUUGGCCAAGUAUUGUUCGGGUUUCCUUGCAGGAGACUUUAGACAUAUGGCGUAUCUCUCAGGAAGUGGCCUCGCCAUGGAUGGACAAGGGAAGUCGAUCCUCUGCACUGUGUCUGACAAGGACAUGCUUUCUACUUGGGAUGUGCAAGAGGGUGUUAUGAUCUGGUCAAGUCCAGUCCAGGACAGCAUCAUCACCAACCUGGCUACCCUUCCUGAGAUGCAGCUUGCCAUCACUGUAGACUUGCAAAAAACCAUCAAAGUGUGGAACUGUCACAAUAGGACUGCUCUAGCUACUUAUACCAUGCCCUAUGGAUGUUCUAUUUUGAGAGCUUUUUUUAGAAAAGAUGGCCCAUUCCUCAUGGUGGGCGAUUAUGCUGGUCACAUCUACACAUUUAUGUUACCUGAGUUGAGGUCUCUUUCUGUGAUCCGAGCAUUUGAAUAUGGUGUUGAAUUGCUAUGCUGCUCUCCUGAGAAUAAAUGGGUCUUUGCAUGUAAGACACAUCCUCAUGUCUACCCAAAGGUGCUUCUAAUGGACUGCUUCCUGAGACCAUCAGAGGGAUGCUUCCCCAUGUAUGUCUGUCUCCCAUUUGCAUUCGGUUUUACAGCUUGUUGGACCCCAAGGAGAGAAAACAGGAUAACACUGAUGUACCGGAGAGGCUCCCACAGAUACACCGGAUUUAUCACAUUUGAUCUAGGACUGAAGAACACUGGGAACAAAAAAGCUAUUGUAGCACAGCCAAUUGAAGGCUUCCUGUUGCCAGCACAUAUAGGCACCCCAAGGACGAUGGGAGUCAGUGAUGCAAAUGUGAUCAUUUUUGGAAGCGGGCCGUAUCUGUUCCUCUACACCACUGAUGGACUCCAGCUGCAUCGAUUUGAGGCCCACCAGAGAGACAUCAAGACCCUAUGGGUGGAUUCUCUGCAUGUCCUUUCCACAUCUGAGGAUGGUUCACUGAAUGUGUACAUGUGGGAGGAGGGAGGCCGUCAUCUCAAGAGCUGCUGUCAUCUGGAAUACAUGAGGAGUCGUCUGCCACCACACUGGUAA